GCAGAAACUCUCACAAAAGCAAAACCCUAGCUAGUUUGUUCCUCACAGCAGUCGGCGUAUCCACCUCAACAACGCAGAGAGAGCUCUUCUAGCAUACCCUUUAGCUCCAAUGGGGAUUGAUUUAGUAGCAGGAGGCAAGGUCAAGAAGAGCAAGCGUACGGCUCCAAAGUCCAAUGAUAUAUACCUUAAACUACUCGUCAAGCUUUACCGGUUCCUUGUUCGGAGAACUGGCAGCAAUUUCAAUGCGGUGAUUCUCAAGCGCUUGUUCAUGAGCAAAGUAAACAAGCCUCCACUUUCAUUGUCUAAGUUGAUCCGAUAUAUGAAAGGAAAGGAUGGUAAGAUUGCUGUGGUUGUGGGGACUGUGACUGAUGAUAUUCGGGUUUAUGAAGUUCCUGCUUUGAAGGUUACAGCACUUAGGUUUACCGAGACUGCAAGGGCCAGGAUUGAGACGGCAGGCGGUGAGUGCUUGACAUUUGAUCAGCUGGCGCUAAGGGCUCCAUUGGGACAGAACACGAUUCUUCUUAGAGGUCCAAAGAAGGGUCGUGAAGCGGUGAAACAUUUUGGUCCCGCUCCUGGUGUGCCACACAGCCACACCAAGCCCUAUGUGCGAGCAAAGGGAAGGAAGUUUGAGAGGGCUAGAGGAAAGAGGAACAGCAGGGGAUUUAGAGUUUAAGUUGAUUUUAGUAAUUGUUGAGCAAGAAGUGUCAUUUCUGACUUUGUCAAUCCAAAGUUUUGCUAGACUAUUAGGUACUUGAGGUUAUUUGUCAUUCUUAUUUUGAUAUGCACUCUGGGCAAUGAUCAUUUAAUGUUUGUUACUUAAGAGACUCGUUUUUACUUUUGUUACAAACCGGUUUGUUUAAAAGUGUAUCUGGGUUCAUCUAUGAUAUUCAAGUUUUGUUAAACGGAUCUAGUGAA